AUGGCAAAACCCUCCACUACCCCUCCGCCUAACAAAUCUCACAAAUCUGGCCUCUCCCUAGGCGCAACCGUCGGCAUAGCAAUUGGAAUCGCACUCCUUGUCAUCUUCGGUGCGCUCUUCGCCUGGAUACUGGUCCGGAGGCGGCGUAGGAGGUGGGGCAAGAAAAGGAAUAGGAUGGGUGAGGUGGGGGUGGUGGGGGUGGUGGGGGAUUCGCCGGAUGUCGAGAUUUUGAGGAAGGUUGAGCAGGGGAAGAAGGGCGUAGAAGAGGGGGAUGGUAGUGGUGGUGGGCCAGAGCUUAGAGGGUUGGGGAAGGAGAAAAGUAUAGGAGUGGGGGUGAAGAAUGAGGGUGUUGCUGUUAUGGAGUUGGAUGGGGAGAAACCUGUGGUGGAAUUGGAUGGUGAGAAACUUAUGGUGGAAUUGGAUGGUGAGAAACCUAUGGUGGAAUUGGAUGGUGAGAAGGAGAGGGCAGAGUUGCCGGUGCUUGGUGCCGCAAGAGAAAGGCCGGUUAGUGAGUUGCAUUCAGAGGAAAGACCGCAUGAGUUGUCGACGAGAGAAGAGCAGGUGGUGGAGAUUGGAGAGAGUGGGAGGGGAGUUGUUGCGGAGUUGGAUGGGACGCCAAUGGAAGAGCCCCACAUUGAAAAUAAGGAGAUUGGAGCUUCGAAAAAGAACCCAGGCUGA